UACAUGCUUUGUGCACCUCGUGCAGAAAGUUCAGCUGUAAAGAGUAAACUUGUCGUGGACAUGUCUCUUGACGUGUGAGGAAAGAACAGCUGUUAUAACCUGUUGUCUCUACGGUCGGAUUUAAAAGCUCCUGUCCGAAAAUUGAUUAGACUUGGCAAUAAAAUGCAGGAGCAAGAUAUACCAAUCGACAUUAAUACAGGGAAAUUAUUGGACUGGCUGGUUAAUAGGAGACACUGUAAGAAAGAUUGGCAUGCAACCAUCUUGGCCAUUAGGGAAAAAAUUAAUAAUGCGAUACAAGAUAUGCCUGCUCAUGAUGGCAUCGCUUCCUUGUUAUGCGGUGCUUAUAUAAACUAUUUCUAUUGCGUUAAGAUUGUGGAGAUUUUGAAGGAAACGGAAGCAGACACAAAAAAUUUAUUUGGACGAUAUGGCUCUCAGAGAAUGAAAGACUGGCAAGAGGUUUUACAGCGGUAUGAAAAGGAUAAUGUUUAUCUCGCGGAGGCUGCGCAAAUGCUCAUGAGAAAUGUAAAUUAUGAGGUCCCUAGUAUCAAGAAACAGAUACAGAAGUUGGAACAGUCAUUAAUUGAUCUAGAGAAGAAAGAAAUGGAAUAUAAAAAGUCGGAAAAUACGGCGCAUGCAGAGUAUAAUGUAUUGUGUAAACAAUUGGGUAUAAGUAGCCAUAACACAGCUAGGAAGGAAUUGAUGGAGAAAGUUAAAGAAUUGCCAGCCAUUUAUCAGAGUGUAGUGGAAAAGACAAGGAGCUUGGACAAAGUCGUCGAGUUUUACAGUGCGUUUGUUGAAUUUACUCUCGGGCGGCGGUACGACGGUAACAGUUGCGUAUCGAUGAUUAAAUAUGUAAUUGAGAAAGGGAACGCCACAACGUAUGAAUAUACAUAUGGAGAAGCGCCAUUGUCAGUGGUGGAGCCGCCGUUAAAUAUUAAAGCUGAUGAGGAAGAGAAUAACGCGACAAUUAACUCGAAUGUGGAUACAAAUACCAUUGACUUUGGUGAUUUGGAUUUGAAUGAAGAGAUUGAUUUCGGUGAAGAGGUCGAUUUGAGCACCGCGGAAGGUGAUAUCGAUUGGGGAGACGAAAGUGCUGCGGUGCAACCCCCCGUCGGGGAGGAGGAAAUAGAUUGCGACAUCUCCUUGGAAGAGUCGGGUAUCGUUGUCGAAGCAGUCGGUCACGAGGGUGGCAUAGCUGCAGGACGUGACGCGUAUACGAUAUUGGAUAAUCCCGCAACUAGAGUCGAAUUCAUCAAUCAAUUAUUCGAGUUGGAGGCGUUCAUGAAAUUACGUUUGUACGAAUUUAAAGGCGACGAUAAAAAAAAUCUGUUGAGCUUCAGUCAAAUGCAAGACGCCUCCUCGAUCCUGCAACUUUCCACCACGGAGAGCACGCAAAAUAUGCUCGAUAAUAUCCAAAUUGUCCUCUCGGAAAUAUUACACAAUAAUGUUCAUCAUUUACAUAACAUCAAGCAUUAUCCGAGAUACGCGGAUAUAGUGAUUGCCGGUUUGAAGCAGAAAUUGAAGCUGAUCGACAGAAUGGUGGCCCAGCAAGAAUCUGUACGACGGAAACAGAAAGACGCGCAGGAUGAAAUUGAUAAAUUACGUCCGCUAUUGAGACUCGUUGUGCAAAGAACCAGGGAAUUGCAAACCGAGAUAGAACGAGACAUCUCCAAGAGAUACAAGAACAGAACGGUACACUUGACUGGUGGUGUAAAUACAUUGUAAAUAUUCACAGUAAAUUGUCCACGAACGGCCAAAAUUGACUAAAUGCGGGGAUGCGUCCAGCGUGUACAUAACUUCUUGAUUAAGACAGUAUGAGCAAAUGGACUUUCUUACUGUCGUGUAAAGUAUGCGGUAUGAUUUUCUAUUCUUCUACUUUCAAUUCAUCGAUAACAAAGGGAGAUAAGAAGGGAUACGUGUAAACGGGGGAGAAAAUAAAAUUGUACGAACGCAGUAGAAUGAUAAUCGUUGUUGAUCAAUGUUCGUUCAUGUAACUCGUUUCACACAUAGAAAACGCUCGCUGAUACGGUCAGCAUUCUCUCUUUGGCAUCGCAGUACACGUUGUAUUAUCCUUGUCCCUGUGAGUUAAUCGCACGAUUGCGAUAUUCACGUUCGUUUAUCGUGAAAGCGCGGUAUGUCGAAUUCUCGAGACCAUAAAGCCAUCUUUUUAUUGCACUUUU